CCCUAACUCCGAGAAGCCAAACCGCCGGGAACUCAGCGUUAAGUAAAACCUACACAACCUAUGUCCGUCGCGCAGUGAUGUCGUAACGAGCGCCCUCCUGAGGGGCGGGGCCAGGCGAAGAAACUAUCGUUUUGAUUGGUCCAGGUUGGCGCGGGGUCUCCUGGGAUCCGGAAAAUGCUGCCUCUCCGCACGGAAGUCGGUGUCUUUGAGUCAUAGAAGCGAGACACGCCAGUACCGUGGGAAUAAGAUGGCGGGGAAGAGGAAUGUUCUGUCGUCUCUGGCAGUUUACGCGGAAGAUUCAGAGCCCGAGUCUGACGGAGAGGCUGGAGUCGAAGCGGUGGGCAGCGCGGCUGAGGAGAAAGGUGGAUUAGUAUCUGAUGCUUAUGGAGAGGACGACUUUUCACGCCUAGGGGGUGAUGAAGAUGGUUAUGAAGAAGAAGAGGAUGAGAACAGCAAACAGUCGGAAGAUGACGAUUCAGAGACUGAAAAACCUGAGGCUGAUGACCCAAAGGAUAAUACAGAAGUAGAAAAGCGAGAUCCCCAGGAAUUAGUGGCCUCCUUUUCUGAAAGAGUCCGGAACAUGUCACCUGAUGAAAUCAAGAUCCCGCCAGAACCCCCUGGCAGAUGCUCAAAUCACUUACAAGACAAGAUCCAGAAACUUUAUGAGCGGAAAAUAAAGGAAGGAAUGGAUAUGAACUACAUUAUCCAAAGGAAGAAAGAAUUUCGGAACCCCAGCAUCUACGAGAAGCUGAUCCAGUUCUGUGCCAUCGAUGAGCUCGGCACCAACUACCCAAAGGAUAUGUUUGACCCCCAUGGCUGGUCUGAAGAUUCCUACUAUGAGGCAUUAGCCAAGGCCCAGAAGAUUGAAAUGGACAAAUUGGAAAAGGCCAAAAAGGAACGAACCAAAAUUGAGUUUGUGACGGGCACCAAGAAGGGCACCACGACCAACGCCACAGCCACUACCACCACCACCACCAGCACAGCCGUUGCAGACGCCCAAAAGAGAAAGAGCAAGUGGGACUCUGCCAUCCCAGUGACGACAAUAGCCCAGCCCACCAUCCUUACCACCACGGCCACCCUGCCGGCUGUUGUCACAGUCACCACCAGUGCCAGUGGCUCUAAGACCACUGUCAUCUCUGCCGUGGGCACCAUUGUGAAGAAGGCCAAGCAGUGACCGGAGGGGCCGCCCUAGGACUUGAAAGGACUGUGCAGCCCAGUGACCGGUGCCCACUGGGAGGUGCUACUUUGUAUAUUUCAGGACUGGAACUUGCUGUCCCAGAUGCUCCCCGAGGGGCUUCUGUGGCAUUUCAGCCAGAAGAAGGACAUUGCGGCACAGGAUUAGGGUGUCAUGGACAGUGUCUGUUCUUGCACCACCUGGGACUGUCACCCUAUUAAAAGUGCUGUAUUCUUAACAUCCUGGCA